GCCGUCAACCGAUUCAAGAUGACCAAAUCAACCUUGUUCUUUGCUCUCUUCGCUAUUGCUUGUGGCUUGGCCUCUGCUGGUGUUUACAAUAAUGAGCAUACAUGGGUGGCUGGCAAUCUGACCUUAGCCUUCCCCAAAAAUCCUGUGCUUGGCGGUUUCGAUCCUUAUGGUUACUACACCUAUGUGGGUCGGGUAAUAUAUAAUAAUGCGGUGUUGCCAGCACGUGUUGUUCCCGAACUAGGACUGGCCUACUUUAAUACGGAUUUAGUGAGCUCGAAGGCCUCCAGCUAUCAGAUAUUGACGCAAAAGGCCAAUGUCCUGUAUACUUGGGUGCGCAGCUACGAUGGUUAUCGUGAAGAGGACUCCGUUUCCGUGGGCACUGCAGCCAACGAUGAGCGCGUCUAUAUUUGCCGUUCAAAGUCCGAUGGGGGCCUGCUGUUCGGCACCCUCUACCUCUCCCAGAAACUGUGCAUUAUCAAGAGCGACGAUCUGCCAUUGCGGAAAUUCGACAAAUACGAGGUGCUAGUGGCCAAAGCUAUUGAGUCGCCAGUGAAUAACUCCACGAUUACACACUAGUAUUUAUGUGUUGAGUAAAGUAAUAAAUAUGUUAUUUAUUUGUCCUUGUGAGCAUCUUAUCAA